AUGUUCCCACUGACGUCGAAACUCCUCUAUCAUUCUCCCAUCAAGGGCCUGCGCAAUUUCAUGAGAGCAGCUGAAGAGUUCAACAAAUACUGUCUGGGAUCAUAUAAACGAUACCUAGCAUCAUAUGACCCCCAAACGCGCCAUGAUCUGAUUGCCCGAAUGGUCAACGAGCGAACAGCCCUGACCAAGCAAGGCCAGAGCAUCCCACGGCAUGUGACGGAGCGAGGAAUCGUCGACGAGCUAUCGAACCUGGUCUUCGCAGGCACCGAUACCACCGGCAACACUCUGACCUACCUCUUUUACGAUCUAGCGCGCCAUCCAGAAUGGCAAACAAGACUCCACAAGGAAGUAGUAGAUGCCGUCGGCGAGCAAGCUAGUCCUGACUACAGCCUCAUCCAGGGACUUCCCGCCCUCGAGGCAGUCGUGCAGGAGAUUUUCCGCUUCCGCCCUGCAUCUCCGGAUGGGUUGAUCAGAGUCGUCCCGAAAGGAGGUGCGGUUGUUGACAGUGUCUUCGUUCCCGCUGGGACUCUCGUUUCAAGCCAGGCGCUAAGCACGCAGCGCGAUCCGACCAUCUUCCCUGAUCCGGACAGCUUCAACCCACAGAGGUGGCUGGACGCCGAGGGCACCGAAAACAUUGAUCUGAUGCGUGAGCAGAUGCUGCUGUUUGGGAAAGGUGCCCGGUCGUGCCUUGGCCGACGGCUUGCAACCAUGGAGAUCAAGUGUGCUCUGGCAGCGAUCGCUAGGAGGUAUAAAGUCGAAAUCGGCAGCGCCGAGACCGAUGAUGACAUGCAGAUGAUUGAUCAUUUCGUGCUUAUUCCGAAGGGGCAGAGAUGUGUUUUGCGACUUACAAGGCUCUAG